UUGUUUAGGCAUAAAAAGCAUAAAAAGCAUUCUCGAAGCAAGAGCAAGGAUAAAAAGCAUCGCCGCGACAAAAAGAAGGGCUCUUAUCACGAAUGCACAGAUAUUAAUACACUUAUUCAAAAGUCCAGUUUAAUGUCAGAGUUGUCUAAGCAUCAAAGUUUCAAAGUCAGGCGUGCAAAGCGUAAUGAAAAUAGCCCAUUUAAACUAGUAUCGACCAUGAAGGCAGUAUCGUCUAUUGAUAACCUUCCUCCGCUAGAGGCAUCAACCUCUUUCCAAAAUCAAAAAGAGAUUGCUAUUUCCACUCAGACUAAUGUAUCCUUAGACGAGAUACAUCUGCCUCCAGAUCCGAUUACUUUAAUCCCAAAGGAAAAGCUUAUCGUAUCUGAUCCUAAAUUGCCUCCUACCCCUCCAGACCCUCCACUUGUAGUUCCCCAAUGCCAUUCACUUCCUGACGAGCCGGAGACUUUGGAUUCCAAGGUGCUGCCGAAGCCAGCUGAAUCGCCUCCAACAGAACCCUUGAACAAAAGGCCUUCGAUUUCGGAAUUGCCUUUGCCUCCGGGCUUCGGAAACCAUGAUAAUACUGAGGCUGUAGCAAGAUCAUGUACCACUAGUAUUUCUAGAACCUCUAGCAAAAGACAAUUACGUCUCACUGUUAUUCAACGCCCCAGAAUAUGCGAAUCACGCAGUAAAGGGCGAAGCUCUCGAACAUGGGGCGAGAGGUCUGUCACUGCAUUCGAGCCCUUAGUACAAGUUGGUGAAGGAGCCUAUGGACACGUGUACAAAGCGAGAGAUAAAAUUACGGGUGAUUUCAAGGCUCUCAAAAAAGUACGUUUAGAAAAUGAAAGAGAGGGAUUCCCUAUCACAGCGGUCCGUGAGAUUAAAAUCCUUAGGCAGUUGCGCCAUCCAAAUAUUGUGAACCUUUGUGAAAUUGUCACCGAUAAAGAUGAUCCUACUGACUUCAAAAAAGACAAAGGUGCAUUCUUUCUGGUAUUCGACUAUAUGGAUCACGAUUUGUAUGGCCUUUUGGAGUCUGGGUUGGUCACAUUUUCCGAACUGCAUAUCGGUUCCUUCAUGAAACAGCUUAUGCUUGGACUUAAUUACUGUCACAACAACAGUUUUCUGCAUCGAGACAUUAAGUGCUCUAACAUACUCAUCAAUAAUAAGGGGCAGCUGAAACUUGCCGACUUUGGCCUUGCCAGAUUAUAUGCUUCUGGCGAUAAAGAGCGACCAUACACUAAUAAAGUUAUAACCUUGUGGUACAGGCCUCCAGAGCUACUUCUGGGUGAGGAGAAGUAUGGUCCUUCUGUGGAUAUCUGGUCUUGUGGGUGCAUAUUAGGCGAAAUGUUCAGCGGACGACCCAUGUUUCAAGCUAACGAGGAACUAGAUCAGUUGGAAGCCAUAUUUCGAGUUUGUGGCUAUCCUGAUUCAGAAGCAUGGCCUCGUGUUGAAGCACUUCCUCUUUAUCUUGGGUAUCGA